UGAAUGGAAGUGCUUGAUUUGUUGAUAUUUUAUAUGUAAGAUCGAACUUAUAAGAAAAAUUCUAAAAAUGAUAAAGAUAUCGGCUUUAAACGAAGAAUCCAGCGAAGAAAGUGAAGAGGAAGAUUUACCGAGUAUCACGAAAGAAGCUCAAGAACAAAUAGCUCUUACCGAAUAUAAUAAAGCUUUAGUAUUAUUAAAAGAAAAUAAACGAGAAGAUGCACUGAAUAUUUUUAAAGAUCUUUUAGAAACUGAAUUGCUGGAUGAAGUUGAAAAACCUGAAAUACCUGAUGGUAGAUCUAGGCCAAUGUUGUCACUAAAAUAUUCUUGUUUCAAGAAUAUCGGGGCUAUACAGGCCAUGUUGGGAAACUACGAUGAAGCUGUAGAAAAUUACUGGGAAGCAGCUAAUUUAGAUGAUACAGAUGUAACAUUAUGGUAUAGAAUAGGUAUAUUAGCUAUGAAAACCUCAAAUUUAGAAUUGGCAUGUUCAUCAUUUAAGCAAGGUUUAAAAUGCAAUGCAAAUCAUUGGCCAUGUUUAGAUAAUAUGAUAACUGCCUUAUAUGCAGUUCCUGACUAUAUGAAUUGUCUUUUGUACAUUUCUAUGGCAUUAGAACGUGAUCCCAAUUAUGUAAAAGGUUUAGCUUUUCGUGAUAAAAUAUUUAAAGACAUUCCAUGCCUUGAAGAAUGCUAUAAAUUGUACAAUAGUGACUGGCAAUUAGAUCCACCAUUACAUACUCAAUAUGAUCAUCGAAUAGGAGAUAAGUUAAUAGCAGAAGCAAAGGAUAUUGCUAGAAGAUGGGCAGAAACAUGCAAAGUAGAAUUCUGUCCUAAACCAUUGCCAGAUUUAACACUAAGAAAACCCAUAAAAAACUAUACCUGGUUAGAUUUAGGAGAAUGUUUAUUGGAUAUGCAUAGAUAUAUUACAGAAAAUAAUUUGAGUUUUGUUAGUAGAAUUAAUCUAACUGUUCAUAAUUCUGAAGAAACAGUCAAAACUCAUACUGAGGGAGAUACUCAGGGAAAUAAUGAUGUUAAUACUGAUCAGGAAGUAUUGCAAAAUACCAUAACAGAGAAUGAAAAUGAGGUUGAAAAAUCAAUGAAGAUGGAAAUAGAUGAUGCAAAUUCUCCAUGUGAAACAUUUGAUGACAAUCAAUGUGGUGGUGCUGAAUCUAUGAUGGAUAUUGAAAUAGAAGAUGAUAAAAAAUCAUGUUCCAGCGAUGUACAAAUAAUAGAUGAUGAAGACCUUUUGAGAAUUUCAGAUACUGAUGCUGUACAAUUUGAAGAACAAGGUCAAGUAAAAAAUGAUUUAGAUGAGCAAAAUAACUUUGAAGUAGAUGAAAAUAGAGAUAAAUUACAAUUGGAGAAAAUAAUGGAUGAUGCUGGCAAUGAAGCACAGAAUGAUAAUAUUAGUGAUAAGGAUAGUAACAAAUCCAAUGAUGAAAAAGACUCAAAGAAAGAAGAAGAGGUACAAUGUAAGGCAGAAGAAAAAUUAAAUGAAAAGAUUGAAGGAAAGGAAGAAGUACAAAAGGUGAAAAAAAGGAGGAGAAGUGCUCUAUGCUUUCUGCAACAAUGGGCUUGGAGUUGCAACAGUAUGAGACGUUCUGCAAGAGUAAGAAGUUCGAAUAGAAGAGAAGCUGAAAGAGAUGAUGUUCAAUUAGAAGAAACUCUUAGAAGAAUAUUUCCUAGUACCUUAUUACCAGAUACAGUAAAAUUAACCAAAGACGAUCAUCCUAAAAAUAUGGACGAUUCUAUGGAUACAAUGGAUUUAUAUCAAUUGUUUGCUAAUCAAGAAAAUAAUAGCAAUACUAUAGAAACAGUUAAAAGUUCUGACAGUUCAAAAUCUCCGAGUCCUGAAACAAGUCAACAACAAAAUUAUUUCGGUACAGAAUCUGAGAUAGCCGAAGUAAAUAUGUUCAUUAAUGAACAUAGUAGUAAGAGUAAUUUAAUGAUAAUUAUAGCAAAAUAUACGGAAUUUUUAAGCACCAAAUGGAACCAAGAAUGGUCUAAAGGAAUAUUAGAAAUAUAUUUGCAAGCAUAUACAUUUAUGAGGGAGCACAUUCCACAUCCAUCACCAUUUGAAGAAGAUAUAGAUGAUGAUAUUUUGAAACUAGAUACUGAAAUGACUUUAUUAUUUGGUGAACUGCAUACAGAUAAAUGGUUAAGCAAUAAACCAGACAUAGUACCGUUUUCAACAUUAGAUAAACUUGGUACAGGAAUGCCAUCUGAGGAACUGGGGCAUAUAAUUUUUACAAGCGUUAGGAGGGAUAUUUUAAAUGAAGAAAAUAUUCUGAUAUUUCUAAGGGUUUUGUGGCUCAAAGCUAAUAUCUUUUUGUGCCAAGGAGACACAGACAUCGUCAUUGAGACUUUAGAAUUGUUGCUAAGUCAUAUGCAAGAAUUGGCAAAACAAAACAAAAUGGUUUAUUUAAAAUUGCCUAAUUGUAAAUAUCAUUCUAAUAUCAGUAUUAAAAUAGUGGAGAAGAAACUUAAGUCUAUUCAGAGAGGACAGAAAUUAGGAGAAAUACAAAAUCUGUAUGACGAAAAAAAAUACGCUGAGCUAGCCUACAUAUUACAGGAUACAUUUAAGUUCGCAAAACAAGGAAAUAAAUUUUUAUCCGUAAAUGAUAACAUCGUUGAUAGAGUACAACAGUUAUCCAUGUUACUAGAUAGCUUAUGGCAGCUACAACAAUACGAAGAAUGUUAUGUAUGGGCGGAAGCCUGCCUCAACGAAGCAUGGCAAAAUUAUUUAAAUGCUUCCGAUGAUAUAGAACAAAAGAAAUGGACGAGGUCCGUCCUAAUGGCGCUUGAAAAAUUAGAAGCUUGUACAAUUGAAGUAAGCACUUUUGUUGUAAAGUAUUUACCGGAAGCACGUCUUUCGAGAUUAGUACAAAAUUUGGUUCACAUUGUUUGUAAUCAAUUAGAUGUAUCGGAAAAUACUGUAGAGAUGCCACUUGAAACUGUCUUGCCUUGGAUCUUAUUGCAUUAUGUUUUGCAAUAUAAAGAAGACAAAGAGAGAGCAAAAGCUGAAUCGUCAUACAAAAAUAAGCAUAGUUCCAAUUAUUCUGAAUCAGAUGAUGAGGAUGAAGGUGUUCCAGCAUCUAUCAUGAUUUUAUUUAUUGCCCAUGACUUUAUGGGAAGACACUCAUGGUGUUGCUACAAUGAAGCAAAACUCUUAUUUUUCACUUUAAAUUUAGUUAUCCCAAAAUUGGAAACCCCUCAAUUUUCCAGUAUAAAAAGUAAAGUUUCAAAAUAUUUAGAACAAAUAUUUUAUUGUCUAUAUGGUCAUUAUAAUAAAGUGAACAAAGGCCGACCAAAACAUAUAGAAGACCAUGGAGUACCUCAAAUGAAAGUGACUUGGGAGGGAGCACAGUUAUUGUUCAAUUUUUAUAAACCCAAGCAAAUACCAGAAUUUCAUUCACCCAGGACUUUAACAAUUAAUGCAGACACGGAAGAUCUGUUUAAACGUAUAAUAAAGUUAAUUCCUCAAGAAAGUGAUCCGAAUCAAGUAAUUGAUGAAAUGAUGGCUUAUAUAAUGGGUGAACGAGACACAAUGCCGACCGUUAAGAAGCUUCUGCCGCAUUCCAUGUCCACUAUUUAUUAUCUCCUAGCAGAUUUUUGUUUCAAAAAUUGUAAAUGGAGCCCAGCUAUUCGAUAUUAUUUAUUGGAUUUAUGUUUUCAUCCAACAAGGUUGAGUUCUUGGACUGGACUAGCGAUGUCAUCCGGCACCGUAAUAGAAACCUGGUUAAAUAAAUAUAAACCAAUAAACGAAGACUCACUUUUAGCAAAAGCGAAAUUAACCCAAUCCAGUUAUCGACAUGCUGUCGAAUUAGAUUCUUGUAAUCAUAUUAUUUGGACUGAAUACGGGACAUUCGCAUAUGUUGUUCAUUCAUUUUGUUCAAGAUUAUUAAAACAAGAAACAGACACGUUAAGUAUGGAACGAUUUGAAAUCUUAGAAACUAGAAAAGAAGAAAUGUUGGAAAUCGCUUAUCAGUGUUUUCAAGCAUGUGCUCGUUUAUUUAUUGGUACUAAAGAUGGAACAAUACCGCAUGAUGAAAGAUGGCUGUAUCAAUAUAUGCUCGGAAAGAUAGCCGAAAAGAAAAACCAAGAUCCUCCUAUAUAUUUGGAACAUUAUGCGAAGGCUAGUGAAUUAUUAUAUCACAAUAAUGCACAAUACCCACGUAGAAUAAGUCAUAAAUGUCCACAGCAUUUUUCGGUUGAAGCAUUAGAAGUACACUAUCGAAUUCAUGCGAGCAUAUUAAAAUAUCUUGAACAGCAUGAGGGGAAACCUCUAAAGAAGUCUUUAGGACAAUUGCUCCAAUUUCAUCUUGAAAAAUGUGCCAAAGGGCCCUUCAUGAAGUAUACUUCAAAACUAAACGAAAAGGUUAAAGAGGAAAAUCUUUUUACAAGUAAUAAAAAUGCUGGAGGAGAAGUGGAAUUUACAGCUGAAGGAGACAGAAAUAUUGUUACGAUCGGUCGACGUUCAAAUAGCAUUGAGGAGAUUGAAAUCAUAGACAGAACAAAUAAAGGAUUUGGAACGAGUCAACGUAUUGAACAGGGGAAGACAGAAGCACGUAAGAGAUCUCUCGCAGAAUUAUCACAAGAUAAUGCAAAGAGGAUAAAAUUAGGUAAUGUAUCUCAUUUGCAAUUAAUGCAAGACGUUGUAGCUUUAAUAGAUGAUGUAAUCACAAAAGUUUGUGAUAUGGUUUCACAAAAAGAAAAGAACGAUGAGAUUAUGGUAUUAUCGAGCGAUGAAAGUAAUGAAUCAAAAUCACAAAGAAAGAAAGUAAAGAAAACUAUUGAAAAGAUAAAGGUAAAAUCAGAAGACAAUAAGAAAGGUUCAUUAACAUCUUCAAAAAUUGGCACUGUACUCGAAAGUGAAGGAAAAUCGGAAAAUGUUCAAGAUUUAAUGGACGCUCUUAUGAAACAAGCGAUGGAGAUUAGUCAGGAAACCCGACAAUCUUCGCCUGAAGAUGAAGAUACGAGAAAGUUUGAAGGGAAGUGGCUACAAAACGAAGAUCUGCAAUUAGGUAAUAAAGAAAUGAAAGAUAAACCUCCCGAUAAAAAGAAACUUGCAAGUACUACGAAGGAAGAACUAACUUUAAGUAGGAGAGGCUCGCAAGAAAGUACAACAACUACACAAACAACUACGACAACGACCGAAACGAAUAAUUCUAGCUCUAGUAGCAGCGAUGAAUCAAGCAGUAGUGAUGAUAGUUCUGAUAGUGAUAGUUCAAGUGACACCGAGAGCGACUCUGGUGAAAGUGAAAGUGAGAAAAAGAAAGAGGACUCGGUUUUUGUACAAAAAGAAGAAAAUAUGACUGAAGAAGAAGUUGCAACUCUAAUAACAUAUUGUUUAGCUGGUUUAGAACAAUGUGUUUUAAGAUUUUCGGAGCAUUACAAAUCGUUUUACAGAUUAUCGCAUUUCUUUUUCAACAAUAAGACUGCUAAGGACAUAAUAAAAUGCAGGAAUCUUUUGUUGGACAGUUAUAAUUGUCAAUUUUAUCGAGAGGAAAGAUUUCAAGGACUAUUUGCUGAUAGAAAAAGCACUAAUUUUUUCAAUGGAGUUUGGCACAUACCAAAUAGGGAAGUUGAUAGACCAGGAAGUUUCGCAUUUCAUAUGUCCCGUUCCGUAACAUUAUUAAUGCAAGUACUAAAAGAGACAAACGAUGGUCGAAUGUUAAUGCAAUUGAGCGUGCAACUUGGGAAAAUUCCAGAAUCAGACAAAAAAUAUUUACGUGAUUCGGAAAGAGAGCAAUUAUCUCGUCAAGCAUUGACUCUUUGUUUACAAUCUCUUAGAACUAAGAUGCAAUUAAUGGGAACAAGUACCUCUGAUCUUGCAUCCAAUACAAAUGCAGAUGCUAGAACUCAAGUACUUCUUGACACAUAUUGGGUUUAUCAGAGAGCUUUAAAAAGUUUUCAAACUAAGGAGCAAACUAUACAAACACUUGCUUCUUUGCUGGUAGAUACAUAUAAAACGUAUAUUGGCAAUAAAAAUUUGGAAGGAAAUGUUUUGGAAACUGCUACAAAGUAUUGUAAUGAUUAUAAUUACAAUCGGACGGUUUUAAACAAAUUCUUCUCCAGCCUUGACAAACCAGCUACAGAGAAUCAGACACAGCCUCAAGCGACGUCUCCAACUCCUGUAGUCGCGUCCCAACCGCAAGUGACUGCUACGUCGCCACAAUCUUCUCAAAAUCGAAAACCAUAUCGAAAUCUAACAUCCACUGGUCGACCAAGAGGACGUCCACCCAAUGUAAAUAAAUACCUACAAGCCAUGCAGCAAAGUAGUAAUGCAAUGAAUCAAUUCAACGCGAAACCUACUUUUGCUAAUUAUAUGGGGGCAUCAGGAAAUCGUUCCUUGAUGAAUCCCUAUUUUAUGCAUCCAUUAGUUGACCCAAAUAUGUUGUCCGCUUUAUUAACAAGCGGCUUAGGCAACAGUAUGAUGGAUCCUUUAUCGGCAAUGAAUUACUUAAAUCAAAUAGGCAAUUAUCAGGAUAUUCUGAGACAGUAUCAGAAUAAUCUUACUUCUUUGUCAAAUUUAACCAGUGGAUUAAGUAAUACUAUUGCCACUGCACCUAAUAUUAGCAGUGUACCUACAAUGAGUACCUCCAGUUCUAGUAUGAAUGUUGCUCCUACUAUGAGCAAUUUGAGUAACUUAAACAAUUUGACUGUGCAACAAUUACUAAGUCUAAGUAAUUCUACGGCAACGACAGUGCGUUCCACGCCUAUGUAUGAACAAGCAGCCACGACAAAAACUACCACCACUGUGUCAAUAACUAAAGAUAGACCUAGUAUAUCAAUAACCCCAGUAAAUACAGUACCACCUAAAAGUAAGCAAUCGAAACAGAGUCCACAAAAUGACUCUCUACCAGUUCAACUUCCAAAAUCUCUACAAAUAUCACAACCAUCGAAGCCUAUCUUACAACCACCAACUACGCAAGUGUCUCUGUUGAAGCCAUCCAUUAUACAAACGCACGUUAAGACUAGCCCACCAAAACAAAUAAGCGCUCCUCAAAUUCGAGUGUCAAAGUCAUUGACAGAGCCUCAACCAGCGCACAAUCCUUCCUUAUCGCAUUCUCCUCUGAAAAGUAGUGCCACAACAAAUCCAUCUGUGAUCCCUCAAGUUGUACACACAGUACUAAGUCCGUCGAUUGGAAUGAAACAAACGCUAUCUAUGAAUGUACCAACUUCGCACUCAGGAACUUCAUUACAACAUAAAUUAUUGUCAAAGAAAAAUUCACAAAGAUCGUAUUCGCAGAUGAAUGUACAAAAUGUAGUUAGAAAAACAAAACCAGCUAAAACAAUGUCUGCGUUGCCGAGUAACCUAUCAAAUAUAAUGAGUGCGAUGCCUGGGAACUCGACAAUGACGCAAUCCCCUUACAUACCACCAGAAUUGAGUGGAAUCUCUGUAAGUCCGGUAAAUCCUCAAGCUAGCUUGAAAAGUCCAAGUACAAAAUAUUCACAAUACAAGAAGUCCUCUACGAAAACGAAAUCAGCAUCAAUGGAUAUUUCUAGUUCUUUGCCGAGUUCGUAUUCUCAAGGAAAUUCCGUAGAAGCUUUCUCGAUGCUUUCCCAAUUGAAACAGCAUUCGCAUUUAGAAAUUAUACCUCAACAAAAACCUCAGCAAAUGAAGACGGCUAUGGAAUACGCGAAAAAUUUGUCUUCAGGAGUUAGUGUAGUUCAGCAAAAAGUGUCAGAAUCUUUGAGGCCAUCAGACUGCAAGAAUAUAUAUGACUUACCAAGAGGAAAGUCGAGUAAUGUUUCUAGCAAGAAAGGAGACAAAUCCACUAAUGAUAGUGUUGAAAUUAUAACAUUAGACGAUUAAAUCGUCGCUAUGAAAACAUUUUUUAGUAUUUCAUCCUUUUCUUCAUAAUUUUUUUUUUCAUCCCAUUCUUGAGUUUCGUUCAUUGAUGUAUUGUUCAUGCUGAAUGCAAUUUGUCAUCCGCAAUUUACAAUUGACGUGGUAUAUAAAUGAUAAGGUACAUAGUCAUGCAAAUAAUAUUUUCUAACGUUUUUGCAGUGUACAGUUUUAUUUCCAUCAAGAACGACUGAAAUAGCCUUCGUUCGCUAGCCUUCUCACUUCUGUGCCUAAUGAAAUCAUUCUAUAUGAACGGUUUAAUUAUCACACGUGAAAAUAGAUAAUAAUAGAUGUAUUCUAAAGUAUGAAAAUAAUUGAUAUAGAAUUUUUCCAUAAA